CACGAUUAUGGCGAAGUUAACUGCUACCUCCGUCCUCAAGUCUGCCUCUGGCCUGGAAAUGCCAAUUUUCGGUUUGGGAACAUGGCAGAGUGUGGACGCGGAACUGGAGAGAGCUCUACACACAGCACUUGAGGUCGGAUAUCGCCUCAUUGACACAGCUUUUGUCUACAACAACGAGGAGGCUAUCGGCCGAGUGCUGAGUGAGUGGCUGCGAUCAGGCAAGAUUAGUCGCCAGGACAUUUUUAUCACUACCAAGGUAACACGACUCAGUUGUGACUGUGGCUAA